AUGGGUUACUAUACAACCGAUAACGAGACGCUCAAUAUGCCUGGGUUGUCUGGCAAGCAGUUCCCCGACACCGCCCCUCAACAAUCAAGCGGAGUUCUGUACCACCAGCUACGCAGAGAGCCCUUGACUGUUGUUGGUGGUAAAGGGAGCUACCUUGUGACCGACACUGGGCUCGAAAUCCUCGAUGCCACUUGCGGUGCAGCUGUUUCUUGUCUUGGCCACAGCGAUGAACGCGUCCACGAAGCUAUCCUCGAUCAACUGAAGAAGAUACCAUACUGUUAUUCCCUCUAUUUUACCAACACCGCUGCUGAGAAUCUCUCGAAGCUGUUGGUAGACUCGACCGGGGGGAUCAUGUCUCGAGCCUAUAUUGUGAGCUCGGGCACGGAGGCUGUCGAAGCAGCUGUCAAAAUGGCCAUCCAGUACUUUACAGAACUACCUGUUCCGGAGCCUCAGCGAGUGAAGUUUAUCUCUCGUCAUUCGUCCUAUCAUGGAAACACCCUGGGUUCACUCGCUGUCGGACACCACGCUUCCCGAAGAAGAAUCUACGAAAGCCUUCUGUCCAAGAACAUAAGUCACAUCCCACAAUGCUACCCAUACAGAGGGAUGAAGCCGAAUGAAACCACAGAAGAGUACGUCACAAGGUUGGCCCAGGAGCUGGAAGAUGAGUUCCAACGACUGGGCCCAAACACCGUUGCCGCUUUCGUGGCCGAGACAAUGCCCGGUGCCACGCUUGGAUGUGUUCCACCACUACCUGGCUAUCUCAAAGCCCUGAAAGCAGUCUGUAAACGACACGGGGCACUCUUCAUCUUGGACGAGGUCAUGUCAGGUAUGGGACGUACAGGCACCCUCCAUGCCUGGGAACAAGAAGAUGUAGUCCCAGAUCUGCAAAUCAUCGCUAAAGGAUUGGGUGCUGGCUACGCGCCUAUCGCCGGCCUUCUCAUCAACAAACAUGUUGUUGACACACUGAAUCAGGGCACCGGUGCAUUUGUCCACAGUCAAACGUACCAAGGGCACCCUGUUGCCUGCGCAGCUGCCUACAGAGUUCAACAAAUCAUCCAGGAAGAUAAUUUGCUUCCCAACGUUCGGGAAAUGGGUAAAUAUUUAGGCGAGCUUCUUCACGAGAGACUUGACAACCACCCUCAUGUCGGCGAUAUUCGUGGCAGAGGCCUCUUUUGGGCUAUGGAGCUCGUCCAGGAUAGAGAGACCAAACAAUCGUAUCGGCCCUCUGAGGCGAUUUCUUGGACAAUGCAUACCACGGGCCUCAAACCAGAACAUGCGAUCUCUCUGAUGCCUGGGAGUGGGGGUGCUGAUGGAGUAAAUGGUGACCACAUCAUUCUGGCUCCCCCUUACAAUACUACACAGGAGGAAAUCAGGUUGAUGGUUGAUCGGACUGUUCGUGUGAUUCAGGAAGUGCUGGGUGAGUGA